AUGCGCGUUCGGCUGUGGACGGCGUGCGCUGUUUGCUUGCUCCAGUUGCUGCGUUGCGAGAUACUUCUGGACCGACCAGACUCGCAGUACAAGGGCAAUUCUUCAAAUUGCACGAAGCUCUUCGUGAACAGUCCUCCGUUCGACAGCGGUACAAAGGUUCAUGGCAUCGAUUCAGGUAUUCAUCCCAGGACCACGGGCUCGAAAGCCGACAUGCUGACGAUUCGGGCGAUUUAUUACGGGCCACGUCCUGUCGGGCUGAGCCCAGGGCUCAACAAUGAUCUCUACACGUCGGCAUUCAACAAUAUGCACGAGCGUGAUUUGUACAUCAUGCGGAACAUACUCCACGCGAAUGCUGUCAGACUUGCACCUUGGGACUCGGAGCAGGACCAUUCCGGUUUCCUGCACGCCUGCAAGAAGUAUGGAAUGUAUGUAAUACCAACCUUCGACCUUUCCUACUUCCUGUCCACCGCAGCCAGGAUGUCAGCAUUCAGCCAGAGGCAGUCCGAGGUGUGGAAGGGCUUCCAGAAGUUCUUGCACCAGGCGCUCCAGGAUGCUGCGGACAUUGAAGAGAUCAUCCUGAUGUGGACUGUCAACUUCGGUCUGAACCUGAAUGAAACGACCGAGCAAGGCCCACGCUCGAUUUCCCUUCUGUCAGAAAUCCGCGAUGAGUACUUCCAGCUGCUGCGGGUCAUCCGCUCGGCCCAGUGGCUGCAGGAGUGUGGUCCGGGAAAGGCCUCCUGCGAUGGCGAUCGCUUCAAGAGACCUCUAGGUGUCCCCCUGUUGCUGGACACGAUCUUACGACAAGACAAUAUUGGAUGGUAUCUGGGCUUCUCCGAGACGGUGUGGGGAACAUGGCCAGUGGAUGA